AAGAUGAUGAUGAUGAUGGAGAGGAUAGGGCUAGGAAUCAUAGCAGUGACAGGAGUAACAACAUGGAGAGAGAAGGACAACCAUGACAACAAGGACGGUAACAACAACAACAACAAGCAUGGUCACACCACUAUUGGGGAUGAUGAACAGGGUUAUGACUUAGACUUGUUCUGUAUACCGAAACAUUACGCGGAAGAUUUAGAAAAGGUUUACAUUCCCCAUGGACUUAUUAUGGACAGGACAGAAAGACUGGCACGGGAAAUUAUGAAGGCCAUGGGGGGCCAUCAUAUCGUUGCUCUCUGUGUACUGAAGGGGGGCUACAAAUUCUUUGCGGACUUGCUGGAUUAUAUCAAAGCCCUGAACCGAAACAGUGACAAGUCUAUCCCUAUGACCGUUGACUUCAUUAGGCUGAAGAGCUACUGUAAUGACCAGUCAACUGGUGAUAUAAAAGUAAUUGGUGGUGAUGACCUCUCAACUUUGACUGGGAAGAAUGUCUUGAUUGUAGAAGAUAUAAUUGACACGGGCAAGACAAUGAAGACUCUACUGUCUCUCCUCAAGCAGUACAAUCCAAAGAUGGUAAAGGUAGCCAGCCUGCUGGUCAAAAGAACACCUCGAAGUGUAGGAUACCGGCCUGACUUUGUUGGAUUUGAAGUGCCAGACAAGUUUGUGGUUGGAUAUGCUCUAGAUUAUAACGAAUACUUCCGAGAUUUGAAUCACAUCUGUGUGAUAAGUGAGACUGGGAAACAGAAAUACAAGGCGUGACAGUGCGGGUUUCAGGGCAUUCUGGAGCCGACAUCCACAGCAUUCAUUUUCUGUUGCCUUAGGCUUUAGACACCAGCUUAAAGCUGUGGAGUGUUCCAACCUUGUUGUCAUUUGCUUGCUAUAAUUUAUUGCAUGUACAGUAUGGAAAUCUUGUCUUGUUCAUUUACAUUGGAAGAACUAACAGGGAGUGCAAUUGUUCACCUCUUUUCUCCCCCCCCCCAUCCUCUCCCAUCUUUUUAAAAAUUUGCACUAUGGAUCCUACUGAUUCUGGCCCCUCCCCUUCUGGGAAUUUGCUGCGUGUUGGACCCAAGUUUAUCUCUCCGAGACAUGACAUUUCUUCCCCCUUCUUUAAACCUCAUCUACUCCGAACUGAAAUAGUUAUAAGUACUGUAAAUGUAUAAGACGUUUUAAGAUGGGAAAUUAUAUUAGUAAUAUUUUUUUAAGAAAACAAGUAAUUUAAGUUUUAUAUUGUAAUUAAUUCAGAAAUGGGGGUGAUUGUUGGAUAGCCGCUCUGGGGAGUGGGGGCACUGUACCCUGCGAAGGAGGAGGCAUCAGGGGGCAGCUGUCGAUAGAUGGUGUGGUCUUGAAAGAGUUGUGAACACUGUUCUGCUAAAACUGCUUCCUCUGGAGUUGCCUUACUUGCCUCUUGCAGGGAUUCUGAAUAGACAAUGCCAUUUUGCCCUGAAAGGACAGCAAGUGACAAAUGAGAAUGUUUAAGCACCUACGAAGCUUUAUGAUUCCUGCAGGCACAAUGGCACAGUCUGUGGAGAACUGCUGUUAUACAAGUCCUGUAGGAGAAAACAGGAAUACCUUUCCACGAGGCACGCACACCGUAUGUCCCUGGUGGACUGGGGCUUAAUUUUAUUUUCCUUCUCCAUCAGCUUAGCAGAGUUGCCUUUCAGGUCCAACAAGCUUCAUGUGAAAAAACUUCAAGUGAAAAAAUGAUUGUAACAUUGACUGUAUGGUGUGCAGAAAACCAAGAUUCUUUAAAAUAAAGCCUGUUUGUCUGAAGGUGGUUUUUGACA